AUGGAGGAAGAUCUAAUUGAAGAACUCAAGCACAUGAAGCUAACAAAAGAAGAAGAAACAAAGAUUGUGGUAUCAGGGGAAGGCAGAAGGGAGCUGAUCGAAGAGUGCAAAUUGAGUUUGGUAGGAAGAUUACUGUUGGACAGAAAGCAAAAUCAGAGAGCUUUGAAGAGCAUGCUGCGAUCGGCAUGGAAAACAAGGUCAGAUUUGAGGAUUGUGGAUGUAGGGAAUGAUACUUACCAGUUCAAAUUUUCAAGCGAAUAUCAGAUGAGAUGGGUUGAGACUAAUGGUCCAUGGAAUUUUGAGAACAAUCUCUUGCUUCUCAAAAGCAUCGGAAUUUUUAUGGCUACGGAUUCGAAAUUAGGGUCUUCAAAUCAAGCGAAAUUCAUGAGGAUCCGUGUGAACAUCCCGCUGGAUAAGCCACUAAGGCAGUGCGGUGUUAUGGCUAGCCCGGAAGGGGAGAAAUUUCAAGUCUAUUUCAGCUAUGAGAGACUCCCUGUAUUUUGUUUUCUCUGUGGAGUAAUGGGACAUGAUGAUCGGCGUUGUACGUGCUUGGAAAGGCAAACGGAAGAACUUCCUCAGUAUGAUGAUUGGUUGAGAGCUUAG